CAGCACAAACAAGUCGCAGCGCGCUGUUCAGUUGUUUUUUCCCCGUCAAACUUACGCUACUGCUACAACUCUGCUGCUCUCCGUUCGUUCGCUUGCUUUCUAUUUGAUUUCGUUUUUGUGUUAUUAACAAUUUGAUGUGGUGUGUGUGCGUGUGUUCGUGCUCAUUUCGAAAAUAUUCUAAUGAAAAUGCUUCACAGCAAAAAGAACUGCAUAUCUAAAAGUAAAGAACGCUGCUGCAACGGCUUUAAAAACAGCAACAAAUAUACAAUUUAAAAAUAUUAAGAGGCUGCAAACGAGUUUUGUUUUGCGUUCGCAAAGCGCGCGCAUAAUCCAAGUUUCCAUCAAGGUGAAACUGCAACUGGCAUUGACUGCUUUUUUCCAUUAUUUAACUUGAAUUAAGCAUCUGAAAUAAGCACAGAGCAAGUAAAAGGAGAAUAAGCAGCGGCUGACGAUAGAUGGUAGAAAUUGGCGGCGAUUUCCAAUACAAAAAUCAAAAUACCAACGAAAAAAAAACCAAAAACAACAAAAAGUAAGAAGCAGGCAGGCAGGCAGCCUACACACACCGACUAACAAAAAUACUACAGAAACACACACAUACAUGUACAUACGCCCAGCGUAGACAAACAAAGGGCGAGACAGCAGUGCGUCCGCUUGCACACAUUGCGAUAGCAGCUAAUGUGGGAGCGAGACGACACAGGUUGCAGCCAAUAUUGGAGUGCGAGUGCCAAAUGUCACAAGAAAUUACAACACUGCUGUGAAAGACGGAUACAACAACAACAACAACAACAACAGCAGCAGCAACAACAACAUCAACAACGAGCAAGCAAGAAGAAGCAGCAACAUAAACAAAACCAUAACAAGUACAAAACGGGCGCCGGUUACAAACCCCCUACCCCCCCUAAAUGCAAAAAUGUUACCCAGCAUGCAGACGACAACAACAAACAGAUGUCUUAUGGAACCAGAACGGGAUGUAGCCCAUGUGGAAUACGAUGUCAUAAAUUAUUACACAGAUGCGCAUCCAAAUCCGGAUGCAGUAGCUGAAUCUACGGCGCCUCAGCAGCGAUGCUCCCGGGUUAACAACAACAACAAUACUUUGCUGGAUGUUGUUGUUCACUCGAGAGCAACGCGCGAUAGCCACAAGACAGUUGGCCAACAGGAGGAACCAAUGGCCACACCCACGCCAACCACCAGCAGCAGCUCAGCGGCCUCGAUGCGCUGCAAAGGAGGCGGUAAUAGCAGCAGUAAACGUAAUAAAGAGAGUGCCCCAUCCACUCCCACUUUGGGUGUUAAUAUGCGAGUGACAGGACAAUGUAGUCAAGGUGGCCGCAAAUAUAUGGAGGAUCAAUUUUCAGUUGCCUAUCAGGAGUCACCGCUGACGCACGAGUUGGAAUACGCAUUUUUUGGCAUCUAUGACGGUCAUGGUGGCACUGAGGCUGCACUUUUUGCCAAAGAACAUCUUAUGCUCGAGAUUGUUAAGCAAAAGCUGUUUUGGUCCGAUAACGAUGAGGAUGUGUUGCGCGCCAUACGCGAAGGCUACAUAGGCACACACUUUGCCAUGUGGCGUGAGCAAGAGAAAUGGCCGCGCACUGCAAAUGGGCACCUGAGCACCGCCGGCACAACAGCAACAGUAGCGUUUAUGCGACGCGAAAAAAUUUACAUUGGACAUGUCGGUGAUUCAGGGAUUGUGUUGGGCUAUCAAAAUCCUAACGAACGCCGCUGGCGUGCGAAACAGCUGACGACGGAUCAUAAGCCCGAAUCGAUUGCGGAAAAGUCGCGUAUUCAACGAUCCGGCGGACAAGUGGCCAUCAAAUCGGGCGUGCCACGCGUCGUAUGGAAUCGUCCCAGAGAUCCCCUACAUCGUGGUCCCAUUAAACGGCGCACUGUUGUCGAUGAUAUACCCUUUCUGGCGGUUGCCCGAUCCCUGGGUGAUCUCUGGAGUUAUAAUUCGCGCUGCAAGGAGUUUGUCGUUAGCCCAGAUCCAGAUGUUAAAGUGGUCAAAAUCAAUCCCAAUACAUUCAGAUGCCUGAUUUUUGGCACAGAUGGAUUAUGGAAUGUGAUAACGCCACAGGAAGCGGUGGACUCAGUGCGGGAAAAGCACAUAAUUGGCGAGUGUCUGCACGAACAGGACGUGAUGAAUCCGAGCAAGGCGCUAGUGGACAAGGCCCUCAAGACGUGGGCAACUAAAAAGAUGCGAGCGGACAAUACGUCUGUGGUAACUGUGAUACUGACGCCGGCAACAGAGGCGGCAACAACAACAACAAAUGCCAAUGCCGCCAGCAACAAUGGAUGUGCAACGGAUGUGGAUAUGCUUGUUGAGCUGGAGCCAUUGGAUACGGAAAACAAUUAUCCAACUGGCAGAUUGGGUGAGGAGUUGGAGGAUCAUGAAGAUCCCAAUCUCGAGCUGUGCGGCAUCAUCGAUGAGAAGCAAUAUCUGCAUGACACGCCCUACAGUGCCUUGGCCAAGCGACAUUUGCCGCCGGAGCCGUAUCGCAAUUUUGACUAUUACAUUGAGGAGGAAUACGAAGUCGAUGAGCAGGAUCAGGAGCAGGAACACGAACAGGACGAGGAGGAGGACGAUGAUGUUGAUAUGUUGCAACAAAGUAAAUAUUUCCGCAAGUCUAUGAAUCAUACAAUUGCAACCUGGCAGCAAUCAACACCAAUAAUGCUGCAACGUAAAGUUGCUGUUGCCGAGCUAGACACAGAGACAGAGACGGAACGAGAGAUUGCGAUGGAAACGGAAACAGAGACGGUGCUUUAUGGCAACAAUGGCAAUGCUUGCGGAUUGGAGCAACAUUUGGAUCAUAGCUUCGAUAGCUAUGUGAGCAGCGCUGCAGUCAAUGUCACAGGAGAGUACAGUUUUGCCGAGUCGUAUAAUUCUCUGCUCAACGAGCAACAGGCGGCGAGAUCGCAGCAACAGCAGCAGCAACAAUCGCAGCACUUGCAUCAGCUGCAACAGCAACAACAACAUCAACAGCAGCAGCAGCAGCAACAAGAACAACGGCAUCAACAACAGCAGCAUCAGCAACAGCAUCAACAACAACAGCAGCUGCAGCAGCAACAACAGCACCCGCAGCAACAACAUAAUUGCAUGCAGGAGAUUCUACAGGAGCAACAACGCUAUCAGCAACAGGAGGGCUAUUCCCUCACACAGCUAGAAACGCGACGGGAGCAACAACAGCAGCAGCAGCAACAACAACAACAACAACAGGUUGUUGCCAGCACCAGCAGGUGGCAGCAGCAAUCAACUUAUGCACAGGAGCAACCGGCCGAAUUGCUGGCCCUCAAUGCAUUGCUGCAACAGGAACGGGAUGAGGAGCAACAGGUGGCACUGGAGCGAGAGCAACAGCAACAUCAACAACAGCAGCAACAGCAAUUGUUGCUGGUUGAAGCUAGCUCAAGUUCCAUUUCCAGCUGCAGUUCCGCAUCAGAGUUUGUUUAUGCGCCACCUUGGAGCGAUAAUGUGGCAACGUUGCAAGAUAAUGAAGUAAGUUCAACGCUGCCUGCCACGCCCACGCCCACAGUCACGCCCCUGCCCAACAGCAGCAGCAGCUCACAAGCAGAAACGCAGCCAAUGGAGCAAAUCAACGAAUCACUGCCACAGCAACAACAACAACAACAACUGUUGCAACCGCAACCGUUGGCUGCACCGCAGCAACAGUUGCUGCCAGAGCCGAAACUGAAGCGUCAAAUGCGUCGCUAUCGCAACGUGCCCAAUGAGAAUCAUCAACAUAUGCAUAUGCAAACACGACGCCGACAAUUGUUCAAGCACAGCAAAGGAAAAUCAUAUAUUGGCGCCAGUGCGGCAGCAAUUGUUGCAUACAGCAAUAGCAACAGCAAUGAGGCAUUGCCCAGCGGCAGCAGCAGCAACAGCAGCAUCCACAACAACAACAGCAACAAUAACAAUAAUCUCAACGGCAGCAACAGCAAUGUCAGCAGCGGCAGCAGCAACAGUCGUCGACGCAGCGUUAACAGCGGCGUCAGCAUGAGCUCUGCCAGCGUCAUGAUGACGCGUCGCAGUCACAGCUUGAGUUUGGCGAGCGGCGGCAGCGUGAGCAAGCGUCAGCUGCGCAGCAGCAUCUGUCAGUUGAGUCAGUUGGGCAAUUUGGAUUUGACAAAACGAACGCUGCGCACGCGCAAUGCGACGCAAGCAGCAAAUAACGCUGGCAGCAGCAGCAGCAACAACAACAAUAACGGCAGCAGCAACAGCAGUAAAAAUAACAGCAACAACAAUGGCAACAGCAUUAGCAACAACAACAACAACAAGCCUAGUCACACUUUUAACAAGCCGGCAACGCCAACAGCCUCAACAACGUCAACGCAAGCAGUGACCGCACGACGCUUGCGUCGCAGCAAUGAAGAGCGCGAGCAGCGACGCAGCCUGCGACGCAGCACAUUGAGCGCCAGUCAAUUGGGCAGCAACGGCGGCAGCAGCAGCGGCGUCGGCAGUGGCAGCAACAGCAGUCCGUUCAGCAAGCCAACGCGUCUGCAAUCGUGCAACGGCGGCAUUGCAGCACGACCGCCGCCAUCGCCAAAGAAAUUGAAUAGCGUUGUGCCGACGCUUGCAAUUGGCACGCGCGCCUAUACGGCAGCGCUGGCGGCAGCAGCGGACUUGACAAAACGUUGGUCGCUGCGCAGCAGCAGUAGCAACAGCAGCAGCAGUAAUAACAGCAACAUGUCCAACCACAACAACAAUAAUAACAAUGCAAUGGCAACUCUGGUGACGGCCAUCAGCUGUUAUAGUGCGCGCAGCCGAACUUCAACAACAUCAACAACGUCGCGCCGACGCUAAAAGAGAGAGCAAGAGAGCGUGCGAGAGCAAGCUUUGAUGAGAGUCCCUUGGUCGGUAUCAAGUGGAUUUGGGGCUGCCAACGCGUUUUAAAAUUUCAAGUACAAAUGCUAAAAAGAAACCUAAACAAUUACAUAGUUAGAUAAAGUGAAAA